UUAACCUCAGCUUCAUUUUUGCUUACCAGGAGAAAAUUUCAUAUUUUAUUAAAUCGCCUGCAAUUUUGGGGGUUUGGUUUAAAAAUGAUAAAACUUCCACUCAGGCACGCGAGUGCUUUUUCAAGAUGUCCUUCUUUACAGCUUCGAUCUUUCCACCGAACGGUGCAAGCUAGCAAAGAAGCAACCAUUGUACCGCCCACUGAAGUACUCUUUUCUGAAAGCAAAGGGAUUGCUGAAACGGUAAAAAAAAACCUAUCUGCUAAUGGAUUUCUGAAGGCCACUUCAGUACAAGGACGCGUUAUCCAAGAAGUGCUAUCAAAUCAAGAAAACGCGGUCGUACAGGCGAAAACAGGAACGGGCAAAACAUUAGCGUUCCUUUUGGUCGCGAUUAAAGAUAUGCUUAAAGGAAAAUCGGCUUUACAUUCCAAAAAGAUUCAUUCUGUUAUCCUCAGUCCUACGCGUGAAUUGGCUUUACAAAUUUUCGAAGAGGCUAAGAAGCUUACUGCUGGUACCAAUAUUAAAACCAGUUUCUGCAUUGGUGGUAAUUCAAAGGCUAUGGAACAAAGAACAAUUCGCAAAGGAUUUGCCAAUAUUUUAAUUGCAACUCCUGGUCGUAUGAAUGACCAUCUCUCAAACCCCGAAGUGAGAAGCUCAAUAAUGGCCAACUCUUUUAUUCUAGACGAGGCCGACAGGUUAAUGGAUAUGGGAUUCGCUGAUACCAUUAAAGAUAUCCAUCGUGAUGUAGCACGUCCUUUUACCAGAAGACUCUGUUUUAGUGCCACCAUGCCUCCGAAAGUGUCAGACGUUUUUGAAGUUAUCCUAGGGGAUAAGAUGAAGAUUGUAAAUUGCUUGGAUCCUAAUGAGCCUCCUACGCACGAACGUGUUCCUCAAUUUGUCGUCCAAACAAAGUUUGAUUCUUUAUUUCAUGACUCUCUGUCAUUAUUACGGGAUCUUUCCAAGCAGCCAUCUCCACGAAUUAUAGUAUUUCUUCCAACCAUUGGAAUGGUUGAUUUUGUUGCCGAUCUUUUCCGGAGCCAUUUAAGUAUCCCGUGCUUCUCACUACACUCCCGACUUAGUACGAGUGAUCGACGUCGUAUCACAGAUAGAUUCCGUAGAGCUCCAAAAGGAAUUUUGUUUGCUACCGACGUAGUUGCGCGUGGUAUGGACUUUCCCAAUGUUUCUCAAGUUGUGCAAAUCUUUAGUCCUUCGACCCUUGACGAUUACAUUCAUCGCAUUGGCCGUACUGGAAGAGCAGGAAAGGACGGUGAGUCUUACCUAGUGGUUCCUAAACAAGAGCAACCUUUCUUACGAAGUCUUUCCAAAUUACCCAUACAAAAUCACUCUGUUAAUAAACUUUCUGACGAAGAAAUAACUGACUUUAACAGGGAUUUGAGUUCUUUACCUAUGGAGACACGUACAGAUAUCAUAAAGCCUUUAUACUCUGCUAAAUCCCACAUAUUCGAGAAUCGUUCACAAAGUGGAGAUCCAACUGAAUUAGUAUUGAAGUUAUUUGGCCUUGAGGACGAACCCCUUGCCAAAAAGGAGUUGAUGUCGAGUGUAUAUAUAAAAAACGUCAUAAGAAAGUCAUCUUUUAAGGGUGAUCGCGGUUUUCGUCGGGAUUCCAGGCGACCAUUCCAAAGAAAAGGACAAAAAUCAUUCAGACGAUUUUAGUUAUUCAAACUAAAGGCUGUAACUAUAUUGACAACGGUAAUUAUCGGUGAUUUAAUUUUUUUGGGUCUUAUCUGUUGGUUUUUUGAUCUUACUCUUAAUAUUCGCACAUAAAUAUGCAUAAUUGAAAUACUUUUCCGAUCAUUAUAAUUUACAUACCCCUCCUACUUGAAUUUUAUCCGGGGAUAAUGUUUCAUAGAAUGCUUUGCAUAACCUAUUUUGGUCUAAUUAGAUGAAAUAAUAAAUC